AUGAGUGAAACAUCAGUGACUCCUUUGGAGGCCAUUAAAAUUGAUUUCCUCAGAGAACACAAUACCUAUUUCCAUCAUACCAAUGACUUCGACAACACUAAUCUUAUUGUGAGACGAGGACAGGAGUUUCAGAUGGAGGUGACUUUCGGAAGGGAGCUGAAUGACAAUGAUAAAGUCAUACUACAACUCAGCAUAGGUGAGAAUCCAAAGCGAUACAAUGGGACCAUUUUAUAUCUGAAUUUAACAUCAAAGCAGAAGAAACAACCAUGGCAUGCUGAGAUUUAUGAUACAGAUGGACAGAAGUGCUUUAUUGCUGUGACAAGUCCGCCAGAUGCAAUUGUCGGGAAAUACAGCCUGGAUGUGAUAACGGAGUCUAACCUCCGUAACUUCAGAGAUGUGGUUUUUUAUGUGUUGUUCAACCCAUGGUGUGAAGCGGAUUCUGUUUUCAUGCCUGAUGAGGAACAGAAAGCUGAAUAUGUCCUCAAUGAUACUGGAUAUCUGUAUGGUGGAUCAGCAACACAUAUAUUAGAAAGACCUUGGAAUUUUGGUCAGUUUGAAGAAGAUAUCUUGGAUUGCUGCAUGCAUCUUCUGGACCUGAGCCUGCUUGGGCCACAUGGUCAGAGAAAUCCUAUUCAUGUUGCCAGGGCCAUGUCAGCUUUGGUUAACUAUGAUGAGAAUGAGGAUGAUGAUGGAGUGAUCCUUGGAAACUGGUCAGGAUACUAUGAAGAUGGUACCUCUCCUGAGGACUGGACAGGAAGUAUCCCAAUUUUACAACACUAUUACAGAAAUAAAGAACCCGUACUUUAUGGCCAAUGCUGGGUUUUCUCUGGUGUGCUUACUACAAUUAUGCGCUGCCUGGGGAUUCCAGCCAGAAGUGUGACCAUCUAUGAAUGUGCUCAUGAUCACCACAGAAAUAUAAACGUUGAUGAAAUCUACAAUGAAAUGGGAGAAAAAAUGAACAUAUCAGACUUUACUUGGAACUACCAUGUAUGGAAUGAUAUUUGGAUGAAAAGACCAGACUUACCAGAGGGCUAUGAUGGUUGGCAGGUGAUUGAUGGCACACCCCAGUAUGUCAUGAAAGAUGGAGAGAGUCUGGAGUGCGGUCCUGCUCCGGUUAUUGCCAUCAAAAAGGGAGAUGUCUAUGUGCCGUACGACACGAUGUUUGUGUUUUCUGAAGUGAAUGCAGAUAUGGUCCUCUGGAUCACAAGGAAAGUGAACGGGAAAGAGGAAUUCAUGCGGGUCUUUGAAGACACCAGGAUGAUCGGAAGGAACAUCAGCACCAAAGCUGUUGGGAAGAAUGAGCGUGAAGACAUCACAGAUCAGUACAAAUUUCCAGAGGGUUCCCCAGAGGAGAGGAAAGCUAUGAAAACUGCUUUGUCCCAUGCAAGCUCUCUGGAAAACUAUACAGCAGCAUCUUUCCCUGAGUCUCCCAAAGCUGAGCUCACACUUGGGAUAGAAGAGGAAAAGACAUUGUUGCCAGGACAGCCUAUUGAUCUUAACAUUGUUGUAAGGAACAUGUCUGCAGAUGCAUGGACUGUCAAUCUGUGUGUUUCCUGUCACCUGGAGUCAUACACAGGGAAAGUACAGGCUAGGCUGAAAUCCAUUCAACAGAUGGUCCAAACAGAGGGCAAACCAGUUAUACAGACUCCUCUGACAGUAGAUGCUGAUAGGUACAUGGACAUAAUGAGUUCAACAGAGGAUGAACUUCUGUUCAAAGUCAAUAUUUUUGCAAAUGUUGAAGACACUCAUGAAAAUCUUGGAAAACGGAUAACCUUGACUUUCCAGUACCCACCCCUCAAGAUAGAGAUGCCAGAAACUGCAAAAGUGAAUGAAAGCUUUACCUGUGAAGUGAUUUUCGAAAACACUCUCUCCAUUCCCUUGGAAAAAUGCAAACUGUGCAUUGAAGGCCUUGGCAUUUUUCCAAUGAGAACUUUUGACCAAGGGAAUAUAUACCCCGGUCAAACUUCUACAUCCAAAAUAGUUUGUACAGCAAGGAAGUUGGGAGAGAAGAAGAUAGUGGCCAAACUGAACUCUACUCAAGUGAAAGGAAUAACUGAGGAGAAGUUUAUUACCAUCACCGAGGAUGAGGAGAGCAAUGUACUGUGAAUAUAAGCUUUGUUUGAUGCCUUGGUUGUGGGUCAACUGAUGAGAAACAGGCAAGCACAAGUGUGUGAGUGACUGAAAGUUACAUCUAUUUUAGUUCAAGCUA